ACCAGACCAGUUCUUGUAUCACUCCUUGUGUGGGGUGAGAUAGAGUGCCUGUAACCCAGAGAGAUAUAUAGCAUAGAAAGAGUUCCUUCGGCCCACUGAGUCCAUAUAGAUCAUCAAACACCCAUUCACACUAAUCCUGCAGUAAUCCCUUUUUGUAUAGUCAAUGAGUCAUGCAGAAUGGAAACAGGCCCCACAGCCCAAUACAUACAAGCCACACAAUUUGCCAAUCUAAGCUAGUCCUAUUUGUUUGUAUUUGGUCCAUAUUCCUUUAAUAUUGUCCUAUCCAUGUACCUAUCUUUAUUAUUUUCUCUUAUAUAUUUUUUGAUUCUCCUGAUAACAUCUGACAUAUUUAGCACUCAUUUAAACACCAGGGCCAAUCAACAUUUAAAUACUAGGGUCAGUCAACUUGACUUUCAAUCAACAAAUCUUUCAGAGGAAUCCCACGCAGUUACAAGGAGAACGUGCAAACUCCACACACACAGCACUCGAGGUCAGGCUUGAACAUGGGUCUGUGGUGCUCUGUGAGGCAGCAGCUCAACUAGCUGCACCACAAGGUCAUUUGAGGCAAUCUUGUAUGAAUCACAGGGAGAUGCAGUACAGGAACAGCCCCUAUGAGUUUGCACUGACCAUCAGGUAACUAUUCCCCCUAUUAGUGAAGUUGUUAACCUUGGCAGUGUACUUUUAGCCUUGUACUGGUCUCUUGACACCAUCCUGUCAUAAAAGUAACAAUGACAAUUUUCUUGCAGGGUAAGCACAGUUGAACACAGGGCCUUGAGGUGCGACAGAGGGCUGGGCUUGCAAUGGAAACCUUGCCGUCGCAGAAGAUGGCCAGCGUCAAUGCAACAGUGCUCACCGGCUCAAUGUCUGUACAACGUGGCCUCAGACACUGGCAGCUGGAGAGUCUAGCACGGUGCUCCCGAGACUCGGAGACACUGGCUAGAAUGUCCAUCCCAAAGCAAACCAUCAUCAACCAGCACACUCGAUUCAGCACAUGGACACCCAUAAUACACAAGGCUGCCAACCAGCAGCUAUUUGAUGAGAGAGUGACGCUUGUAGGUCAUUGGUUUGACCUGUGGACUGACAAGCAGAGGAAAUUGUUUAUACACGGUAUUUUAACGCGCUGCAGCAAAUCACAGCUCAAGUUUACCCGGGAUUGGUUCACAGAGACUGUGCCGAUAGACAAGCUGGACUUCACCACCAUCCUGCCACGCUUCCUGUCACUAUAUAUCUUCUCGUUCCUGAGUCCCAGACUCCUGUCCUCAUCCUCUAAAGUCAAUUGGCACUGGAGAUUCCUGACGGAACAGGAUUGCCUGUGGAUGCCCAAGUGUGUGAAGCAGGGCUGGUUCCUGCCUUACAGCCCGACGGCGUACGAGUACGGGGCGUGGAAACGGCACUACAUCGCCUGUGCCCGCAGCCUGGACUACCUCACGCCAGGGGAGGCGGCCAAUGUGUAUGGUGUCGUCACUGAACACAAAGAGGUCAUGGAGGAGAGGGAGGAGAGGCGAAACGAGAGGUGGCGAAGGCAGCAGAUCCAGGAGCGACUGACCCAACGGAAAAAGGAAUUGCUGUGCUCCCGACCACCCUGGCUGAGUGGGAAGUGGAAUGCCCGCCAGUUCAACACACGACCACAUCACAGUCUGAUCUUCACAAGCUUGGAGCAGCCCAGAGAUGAUCAAACCCAUGCCGGUGUCCCUCUCUCCCACUUGCUGAGUGAAGGGGCCACGUCCUUCGUCUCGUGCGGCCGCGCUCUGGAGAAGCAGCGCAUGUUGGAAUCAUUGAGAACACUGGGGACUGGGUCAGUGAUGAAGCUCUGUAUGUCUGGAUUGAUGCUAUUUUUCUCUACUGAUUGCAGGAAGAACCUCACGGGGGGCAGUCCCUACCCCACCUUGCCCCAGACCAAUGCUGCCCUGCAAGAGGAGGGUGGCUCUAACCACCCACGGGUGCUUCUCAUUUCGUCCAGGAUUCCGGCGUGGGAGAUGGCCCUGGACUGUGUGAGGAUUGAUGUGAUCCCCGUUGUGUAUGAGCACUGCGGAACAACACUGGACAGCCUCCUGUUUCGAGUCGAGCACGUUCUGAGAGGCCGGAGAGCGAGGAGCAUUGGAAUACUUGCUGAGGGAGACCCUACGGAGGUGGACUUGGUCCAAGGCAAGUUCACACAAAUUACAGGAGUAAUAUUAGACUAUUUUAUCCACUUAUCAGGCUACAAAAUCAGCUCAAAGACUCUGCCAGAUGCUAAGAUACACGACUUCUGGGAGAACCUCGCUGGCUGUGUCUUAUCACAAGAAGACGGGGGCCACAUUCACAUCUUUGCACCUUUGGCUACAUCAGAGAUGGGAAUGGAACUCCUGUCCCAGCUCUCCUCACUGACUGGUGUGCGUUAUAAUUCGCCUACAGGGAUGGUGACUGGAUCCUACCAACACGUCCUCAGUGAGUGGCUGUGGGAAGCCGAGGACCCGUCUCCCCCGACCCGCUACUUCAAUGAGAAGAAGCUGCAGGCGUGGACCAAGAUGGCCGAAGCGAGGGAGGAGGUUCUGGGACACGUGCGUGGGCAGAUGGAACCGCACCUCAGACAACUACAGCGGCACGUCUGUGGGAGGAUGAUCGGACAGCUAAUGUUUGACUCAAUGAGCGCGGCUGAGGUCCAGCAAAACCAAGAUGUUGCACAAGUCUUAACUGAUGGACUUACCUUAAUGUCAAGGGAAAAACAGGAGGACCCUCUAGGAUUUCUCUCCAACUUCUUGAUGAGAAGAUCUAAGAACAAGUUAAUAAAACCUGGUGAAACUUUCCUGACAGAGGUUGAUGGAGGGAUGGCCCCACUGAAGAACAGAAAAUUACUUGGUGGCUUUGUGGAGAAGCGGGCACGGGUUGCCAAGGAGGCUUUGGCCAGCGAGCGAGGGUACACGCAGACCCUGGAGAUUGUGAAGAGCAUUUACUGGGCUCCGCUCAAAGCAGCUUUGGCCUCCAACCGAGCCAUCCUGAGCAUCGCCAACAUCCACUGCAUCUUUACCGACAUUCUGGCCAUCCUGGAGCUCAACAGGAAUUUAUUGAAGGACUUGACUGACCGUCUCCAGGAGUGGGGCCCUCCGCAAUGCCUAGGAGACGUCUUCAUCAAGUUCAGUAACAAACUUAGUGUUUACACAAACUAUUUCAACAACUACGGUGCCAUCCUGAAGACCCUUGAUAAGUGUCGAAACACAAUCCCAAGUUUCCGUGCCUUCCUGACUAGGCACGACCGAACGCCCAUGACCAAAAUGCUGAGCCUUCAUGAAAUCCUUCUGGCCCCCUCCAUGCGGUUUGACGAGUAUACAUCACUGCUGCAUGCUUUGCGACUGCAUACUCCAGCAGAGCAUGUAGAUCACCAUGACCUCACCGCCGCCAUCGGCAGUUUGAAAUGCUUUCGCGAUUAUAUCCGACAGCUGAAAGUGCAGAAGGAGAGAGAACUGCAGAUGGUGGAAGCCCAAAACAGCAUAGGCGGCAGUCCUAUUCUUUUGGAGGCGAACAGGUACCUGAUCCGGGUUCAAGAAGUGGCUCAGAUGAGCAGCCCUGAUGAAAAGAUUUGUACAACCUUCAGGAUUUACGAGUGCAUUAGUGACCUGAGUCUCUUCCUUUUCAAUGAUGUUCUUCUUUUCGCUUCAAGAACAGUUUCUCAUCUGCCCUUUGAACAAAAUGUAAAGUCAUCGCUCCAGUUUUUGGCAUCCGUGGCGCUCUCCAGACUUCUUAUUGAAGACAUUCCAGAUUCCAAAUAUAUUCAAAACGCAUUCGUACUGCAAGGGCCAAAACGGCAAUGGAUUUGUGCAACAGAGACAGUGGAAGACAAAGUCACUUGGCUGUCUAUAUUAGAAAGUGCCAUUUGUGCUGCAGUUGAGGAAACCUGAUCUCCCAGGCAGCUCGUUAUUACCACUAAAAGCUUUCAGCACAAUACCCACCAAGGGCCUUCUCACUAUUCAAGUUUUCCAAUUUUAUAUUUUGAUUAUUUGCAACAUAUUUAAUUGAAAAAUAAAUACAAUUUUAAUUCAUGCUGAUUCCCUUAUUGGCAUGCCAUUUGUGUUUGAUCAUGCUGAGCAUCUGGCAUUUUUCUUAAGCUGCUACAUAAAAAUAAGCCUUGUAUUUCACAUUCUUGGUACAUUGUGCAAUUUUAUUCAAAACGAGGCACAUCACCAGUUAAAAUCACUGCUUCUGUCAAAAGAGCCAUUGUCUAAGAAUUAGGGAGCAAUAUUAUUUUAUACCAUGGAAUACUCAGAAAAUAAAAUUAGACUGCAGUAGAGAUCUUUGCAAUGAGCAAAAUAAUUCUGUUGAUAACAUCUUCCAACAUUAUAAACAACUUAGAGAAUAGUUUGAUUAGAGCAACAGCGUGUAUUUUUGCAGUGAUUUAAAAUGAAUGAGAAAUGCAUUGCCCAUGUUUUG